AUGCCAGGAGAUUUGAAUUUGAAGAAGUCCUGGAAUCCAGCACUUGUUAAGAAUCAAAAGAAAGUAUGGGAGAAGGAGCAAGAGGCCUUGAAAGAGCUCAAGGCAAUAAAGGAACGGUCCAAGGAAAUUGAGCAGGAAAGAGAGAAGGAGGAGAUGAUAAGACUACAAUACGGUGAUGACCCCAAUGCCAUGCCCCACGACAAAAAGAUUGAACUAAAUAAGCUUGCUUGGAUGUAUGAGCAUGGGCCAGAGAAGGACAAAGACAAGUUGAACGAAUCUGGCUUUCGUGAAGUUGAAGAGGACUUCCUUCUGAAGCUGACCGAUGUGGACCAGUUGAUUAAAGGAAGCGUUGCGGUGAAGAAAAGUAAAAGCAAUGCAACGAGUUCGUUUGAUCGAAUCACAAAUGUGGGAAAGUCCGCUCCUUCGCUGUCUCUCUCCGAUGACCCGCUCUUGGCCAUCAAACGCGAGCAGAGGAAGCGUACAUCGGAUACUAAGAGCAAAGAUAGAUCAGAAAGACAUUCUAAACACCGUCAUAGAAGUUCAAGCUCUAACAGAGAACGCUCACCGAGCCGAAGACACCGUGAUAAGGAGACUGAUAGACACAAACACAGAAGGCGAUAUGAAGAAAAGCCUCAUCAAAGAAGAGAUGAACCGAGACACGCUAUAAAUUAUUGA